AUGCUUGCGCGACUGCCAACAUCCAGCCUUCCUCUGGCAUCACUUCAGAGCAAGCCCCUUGCACAAAGUGAGACGAGGAGGCACACAUGCUGCUGUGUGCAGCAGCGCCCUACAAUCUGGUGCAGCUUGUUGUGUGGGUCGGCGUUGGGUGCGAGAGCUCGCACCAGACGAUCCAAAAAAUGCGCCAGCAAGACGCCUGAAACUCACCCUGCUGUAGACCUCUUCCGUGUGCCUGAUGAUCCAAAGAUCGAAUUAGAAGUUCUUGGAGGACUGGGACAUGGGACCAGCGUUCAACCCGUGACUUUGCUGCUCAUCCACGGCAGCUACCACGCAGCAUGGUGCUACGAGGAACAUUUCCUCAGCUUCUUCAGGGAACAGGGGUUCCACACGUAUGCGCUCUCCUUGCGCGGGCAAGGGUCUGGCAAGAUGCCCAGGCUACCAGUUGCUGGGACCCUGGAGGAACAUGCCUCAGACAUCGCGGCCUAUGUUGCGCAUCUUAGGGAACUACACAGGCAGCCAGUUGUUGUGUUGGGCCACAGCUUUGGCGGCUUGAUGGUGCUGCAGGCUGCAAGGGCCUUGAAGGAUGAGAAGGAUGGGAAGGAUGGAUCCAACGGAUCUUUGGCCGGCCUUGUUCUUCUUUGCAGCGUCCCACCGGGAGGCAAUGUGGGGAUCAUCCUGCGCAGCCUCUUCAAAGCGCCGCUACAAGCACUGCGAAUCACCUGGGGUUUUGUCGCGCGCGCCUUUGAGAGAGAUGCGGAUCUUUGCCAACAGCUCUUCUUCGACACCGACACUCCUGCGCAAGACAUCGAAAAGUACAUGGGGCUGAUGAAGGGAGGCUGUCCAGAAGGCACUCGAUUGCUGGACUUGCGUCAGCUGCAGAAGUCGCUGCCGGUAGAAGCUUGCGACCACGUGCCGGUGCUUGUCAUUGGAGGCGGUCAUUCCCCCUUCGCUCCAUCCUACAUCCCUCCUCUUUCGGCCCCUGAAUCCUCUGAUUCUUCCUUCCGGUUAGGAGACGAGGACGUCAUUGUGGACCAGGAGGCACCAGACAGAGCAGGGGCGAUUCGUGCUGGCGUCUGCGCUGUACUUUUCACGCUUGGGCUCCAGCCGUCUUUGGGUCUUGAGCUAGGGGAUGCAAGGGGCAAGAUACAGUUUAUGGCAUAUACGGGGUGCAAGGGGCACAUGGUUUCACAGAGCCGCACUGUGCUGGUACAAUGUGCCUUCAAUGUAGUGACCAUGAGCAUGAGCUGCUGA